AUGAGUCAAUCAGAUGUUCCGAUUAAAAAGGAAGUCACAGUGAAAAAGGAAGAUGGUUCUACUCCUACAUCGCCCAGCAAGCAACAAGAAUGGCAAACCAUCCCAUUAAAGUCAUGCACAGAAGAGGAUGUGAAAGAUAUUAGAUUUCAUAUAAUGAAAUUUGCUACUAAACAGGAUGUGAAUAUUACGAAAGAUUUUACCAGACCGGUAAGGUUGCACAGAAAAGAUCCCAGAAAUAUGCAAUUCCAUUUAACCCGUGAGGAAUUAGAUCAAAGGAAAAGGGAAAAGCAGCAAAUGGAAAAAUUGAAACAGGAAGAAAAAGAAGCAACAGCAAAGCCAACCGAAGAAUCAGAAGAAAAGGAAGAAAAGGAUAAGCCUACAGCUGAUGCAGCAAAAGUAGCACCGGAAAAACCAACACUAAAUAAGAAUCAGGCAGAUAUGUCUCAGGUAGCCCCUGAUGGUGGAGCCAGAAAGAAUAGAAAGAAUUUGUUCAAACGUAAAACUAGACAGAUUAAUCUUAUGAAUGAAGAAAAAAGAAAGUUGAGAUAUGAAGAGCAUUAUCCUUGGGUAAUAGAAGAUUAUGACGGGAAAAACGUUUUUGUGGGGAACUAUGAAGCAGGGUCAACAGAACAACAACAUGUAUUGUUUGUUUUCGAUAAAGAUGGAUUCAAAAUGAUUCCCGCGGAGAAAGUAUACAGAUUCACACCUAGAAAUAGAUAUGCCACUUUGACUUUGGAAGAGGCCGAAGCAAAAAUGGAAAGAAACUCUAGUGUACCAAGAUGGUUGAUGAAACAUAUGGAGGAUAGGUCAAUUUCUGAAGGUACACCAGAUCAAAGAUUCAGAUAUAAUUCACCUGCAGCCAACGGGAGUGUGAUAGCAAAUGUUGGCAAUGGAAGUGCUGGAAGAAGAAUGAGAACAGUCUUGGGUGGAAGUGGAUCUGGAAAUGACAGAGACUCUGAUCAUGAUGAUUUAGAUUACGAUGAAGAAUUUGCUGAUGAUGAGGAAGCUCCUAUUAUGGACGGAGAUGAAGAAGAAAAUAAAUUGUCAGAGAAGAAAAUCAAAAAAGAAAUGUUGAAAGCUGCACAUUUUGAUGGACAGCUGGAGGCUGAGGCAGAAGAUGAUUUGGAUGAUUUGUUUGAAACUGAAAAGACCAGAAAAGUCGAUAAAGAAGGUAAGAAGUUAAGAAAAGUAUUGAACAAACGUGAAGGUGGUGUAUAUGAUAGCGACGAAGAAGACGGAUUAAUGCCAUAUAUUUCCAAAUCAGAUUUGGAAAGUGAUGAAGAGAGUGAUGACGAAGUUCAAGUUAAGAAGGAGCCAUCGAGUGAUUCCCAAACUGACAACAAUACGAAUAAGACAUCACGUGCAAGGGAAGUAGGUGUCAAAAGUAUUGGGGAUGGUUUUGUGGUUAUCAAAGCUCCACCAUCAUUUUUAGGAACUAUGCCCCCAGGUGAUUGGAAUCCUCAAGCUCGCAAACGCCCCACUCCAGAAAUUGCCAGUCCAAGGAAAAAAAUCAAAUUGGACGAAACUAUCAAGGUUAAGAAAGAGAGAACAUUGUCACCACCUCCUGUUUCACCAACUACGAAUGCUGCCACAAACACCAGCUCUCCAGGCAAUGGAAUGGACUUGAAUGAUGCUGGACCAGACAAUUUAUUGGUCACGGUCAAAGAUGUGUUGGAUAUUGUAAAAGACCAGCCAUUGACUACAAAAGAAUUAUUAAUGGGAUUAAAGAGCAGGGUCAGUGCUCACAAGGAUAAUAAAUUAAGAAUUAUCAGUAUUGUAAAGCAAAAUUUACGAUUGGUUGAUGGGAAGCUAGUUCUUAAAGACUAA